UCGUCGUUGCCAGUGGCGUGCCUCCUCAUUGGUCAUGAACCUCUGGGCGGAGCUCAGAGAGGCGGAUAAACGAAGCCGGAACAGAUUUAAACCAACGUCCGAGCCGCUGCCUCUGUUUGUCAGUGCUGUGAGGAAACGUCGUUACCGGAGAGUCUGGAUGCUACAACAAACUCUGGAGCUGGUUUUUGUCAGGCACCAGUGAGACUGGACGCUGAACAUACCUGCGGCGCGAAGGUGUCACCACUUCGUCCACGACAUGGUCCACGAUCCCAGAGACAUGGUCCACGAUCCCAGAGACAUGGUCCACGAUCCCAGAGACAUGGUCCACGAUCACAGAGACAUGGUCCACGAUCACAGAGACAUGGUCCAUGAUCGGAGAGACGUUGUUGAGGAUGAGGGAGACAUCGUCCACGAUCAGAGACAUUGUCCGUGAUCGCAGAGACCUUGUCAAAGAUGAGAGAGACGUUGUCCUUGAUCAGAGACAUUGUCCCAUGCUUCGUAGAGACCUUGCGAUAGAAUCGGCGGAGACGGGGGUCACCGAUUUGACGGCACUGCCCGCGAUCAUGGAGACAUUGUCGAUGGUCACAGAGACAGCGUCUAUGAUCUCAGAGACAUCGUCCACGAUCACAAAGACACUGUCCAUGAUCAGAGACUUUGUCCAUAAUCUCAGAGACAUUGUCCGCAAUCACAGAGACAUGGUCCACGAUCGCAGAGACAUGGUCCACGAUCGCAGAGACAUGGUCCACGAUCGCAGGGACAUGGUCCACGAUCACAGAGACAUGGUCCACGAUCGGAGUCUUCGUACAAUGAAGACGUUCUUUGAGACCAGGACUGAGGCCUCCAGGUGUCACCACUUCGUCCACGACAUGGUCCACGAUCCCAGAGACAUGGUCCACGAUCCCAGAGACAUGGUCCACGAUCCCAGAGACAUGGUCCACGAUCACAGAGACAUGGUCCAUGAUCGGAGAGACGUUGUUGAGGAUGAGGGAGACAUCGUCCACGAUCAGAGACAUUGUCCGUGAUCGCAGAGACCUUGUCAAAGAUGAGAGAGACGUUGUCCUUGAUCAGAGACAUUGUCCCAUGCUUCGUAGAGACCUUGCGAUAGAAUCGGCGGAGACGGGGGUCACCGAUUUGACGGCACUGCCCGCGAUCAUGGAGACAUUGUCGAUGGUCACAGAGACAGCGUCUAUGAUCUCAGAGACAUCGUCCACGAUCACAAAGACACUGUCCAUGAUCAGAGACUUUGUCCAUAAUCUCAGAGACAUUGUCCGCAAUCACAGAGACAUGGUCCACGAUCGCAGAGACAUGGUCCACGAUCGCAGAGACAUGGUCCACGAUCGCAGGGACAUGGUCCACGAUCACAGAGACAUGGUCCACGAUCGGAGUCUUCGUACAAUGAAGACGUUCUUUGAGACCAGGACUGAGGCCUCCAGGUGUCACCACUUCGUCCACGACAUGGUCCACGAUCCCAGAGACAUGGUCCACGAUCCCAGAGACAUGGUCCACGAUCCCAGAGACA